AUGGCAAACAAGGCACAAGAUGAUCUUGUAUUGGUGACCGGCGCGAGCGGGUUUUUGGGAGCCUAUUGCGUCCUGAAAUGUCUUUUGAGCGGCUAUCGUGUGCGAGCCACCAUCCGAUCGGCCCAAAAAGCAGACCAUGUGCGGGAAAUGCUCAAGGCCGGCAGCAGCAACAACAACAACGGUGGUCCGGACGGCGAGUCACUGAACCUCGACAACCUCACCUUCGCCGUGGCAGACCUGCUCAACGACGAUGGCUGGCCACAGGCUGUCCAGGGCUGCCACUAUGUCUUGCAUGUCGCAUCGCCGUUUCCUCCCGGCCCCCCCAAGCAUGAGGACGACUUGAUCUUGCCCGCACGCGAAGGCACGCUUCGAGUGUUGCGAGCGGCGCGAGACGCUCACGUCAAGCGUGUCGUCGUCACCUCAUCCUUUGCCGCCGUCGGGUACGGGCUCCCCAAGAACAACCACGGGCCGUUUACCGAGGACAUGUGGACCGACAUCAACGGGCCCGGCGUCAGCGCGUACCAGAAGAGCAAGACGCUUGCGGAGCGCGCGGCCUGGGACUUUGUCAACAACAGCAACAAUGAAGGCGGCGGAUCGUCGCUGGAACUCGCCGUCGUCAACCCCGUGGGCAUCUUUGGCCCGGUGCUGGGCAGCGAUUUUGCCACCUCGAUCAUGCUGGUGCAGCGCCUCCUCAACGGCUCGCUGCCCGCCUGUCCACAGAUCCAGUUCGGCAUCGUCGACGUGCGCGACGUCGCCGACCUGCACCUGCGCGCCAUGAUUGACCCCAAGGCCAAUGGCGAGCGCUUCAUCGCCGUCUCCCCGCCGGGCAUGACCGUGCAGCAGAUCUCGCUGGCGCUGCGUGAGAGGAUGGGCAGCGUGGCCAAGCGCGCACCCACGCGGACCCUGCCCAACUUUGUCCUGAGACUCAUGGCCUUCUUUGACCCGGCUGUUGCUCUGGUCGUUCCCGAGCUCGGCAAGUUCAAGGAGAUCUCAAACGACAAGGCAAAGACCGUGUUAGGUUGGCGACCUCGGCCGCCCGUCGACGCCCUCGUUGCCACUGGGGAGAGUCUGAUCAAGUUUGGCAUUAUCAACUCGGCAUGA